CAUGCAACCAUGCCAUACGAAGUAUCUCUUAUCUACGCAAUUUCCAGUGUUGUUUGAAGAAAAGAAAAAUGGCGUCCCAAGAUCAAAGCCACAAAGCUGGUGAGACCAAAGGCCAAGCUCAGGAGAAAAAGAAUCAAAUGACGGAGAAGGGAAGAGAAGCGACGGAAACGAUGAAGGAAAAGGCUAACACGGCGAAAGACAGAGCUUCGGAGUCCGCCCAAUCUGCCCGAGACCGAACCCAGGAGGGCAAGGAGGAAACGGGCAGCCUCCUCAAGGAGAAGACAGAAGCAGCUAAACAGAAGUCGUCGGAAACUGCCCAGUCUGCCCGUGACACUGCUCAAGCGGGAAAGGAGAAAACGGGCGGCCUCCUUCAACAGACGGGAGAGAAGGUGACGAACAUGGCACAAGGGGCUACUGAUGCUGUGAAGAAUACGCUUGGCAUGGGCGAUAAUAACAAAAAUACCACUACCACAACCAACAAGGAUUAGAUAUGAGAAGAUGCUAGAUGUGUGCUUUUUCUUAGACGCUUCGUUUCUUUUUAUCCUUUCAUCAUGUAAGCUAUGAAGUGGGCCGUCCUAUAUAGUGGGGCCCUUUUUUUCUUUUUUUUUUUUUAAUGUUAUUUGACUUCGUUAAGGAUACAGAAAUUACAAAAGUAUGAUCUUUUUGUGGGUCCCA